AUGCUUCCAUUGUACCUUUUAACAGCAGCAAAAAACCAACCCAUCCUAGUUGAAUUAAAAACAGGAGAAACAUACAAUGGAAAUCUAACCAAUUGUGAUUCAUGGAUGAAUCUAACAUUACACGAAGUAAUCCAAACCAAUGCCGAUGGCGAUGAAUUUGCCAAGUUGCCCGAAAUAUAUAUUAAAGGAAUGCACAUCAAAUAUUUGCGCAUACCUGAUCAAAUCAUUGAUCAUGUCAAAGAACAACAACAAUUGUAUCAUCAACAACAGCAACACCAUCACGGACAUGGUGGACAGGACAAUAGAAACAGGUACGUUAAGAGAAGAGGAGAUUCUGGUGGAAGAGAUAAUAAUAGAGACAAUAAUCGAGAUGCUGGUGGAAGAAAUGGUGGUGGUAGGAACAAUAGAGAUGGUGGUAGAGGAGGUAGAGGGGGACAAGGUGGUAAUAGACCAAAUAAUAAUCGUUGA